UCCACCAAGCUCAGCAGCGCUCUAGGGCCCUGCCCUCCGCGCACCGUUCUCGGCAGGCAGCUGGGCCACAGCUCCCAGAUUGCCUUCGGUAACACCCCUUCCCAUCAGCUAGUUCUGUUCCUCGUCCCAGGGUGGGGUCCCACCAAGUCGCAAGUGCACCUACUUAGGAGCGCCCGGACCUGAGAGCCUGUAGGAGCUGAAAAGGGGGCGUCUCGUGGAGAGCGCAUCAGUCGCUGUGCGCGCUGCCUUGGACUUAGCCACGCAAAGCUCAACCCUUGAGCUGCUCUCAGCGCAUAGCCCGACCCUGAAGAGCAGGCUGUCGAGGUCCUCGGAAGUACAGCACCAAAGCUGCCAGGAUGAUGCUGGUGACCUCCUUGGGGAAGUCACCACCUUAUGCCAACGCAGACCUAGGCUAGCCAAGGCGCCAGGCACCAAUCGACUCUCAGGCUGCAGUGACUUCUCUCUAUUGCUUCUUCAAUCCCUAUGUUUUCCAUGGACUCGGAACAGAACCGGAAAGGUUGCUGGUUCGCUCUGGUGGCCAAGUUUGGGAGGCUACAGACGCUACAGGGCCCACCACUGCCAUCGUCAAGCUGUGCCCAGGGCGCUGACCUGCAACCCUUACCACUUGGAGCGGCAGAAAUGUGGCAACAGGGAAGAAGGUGUUCAGAGCUGACAGUCUAUCAUUACAUGGGGGAGGGGGAGCGCAAGAGAUUGGGGGACUAAGGUAGCUUCACUGAUAUCCAGUAAGCAAGCCUCUGCCACGGCAGAGGGAGGCACAGAUGCCACCUAAUCGGUGGUGUCCACGACUGGUCACUCAGACCAGGUCACUCAGUCAAGAGACUGAGCGCUCAGCCAGCUGCACGCUGGGACCACUCGAGAACCCGCUGAACCUCAUUUGCCCGGUUCUCUAGACGCCAGCCACAGGAAAGUUCUGGUCGCCCAGGCUACCCUUGCUGUCUUCUGUGCCCCCCUGCUCUGGGUUCUGUAAGUGUCAGAUUGGGUCCAGAGAGACUCUUGAGUCCCCAGACUGCACCUUCACUACACCCCUGGACAUCCCUACCAACCCCCAGUACCUUCCUUCAGGCACCCUCCCUGGUCUUUCCAUCCCCUCCCCCAAACUACAGCCUGAGCUCGCUCUUGUGCGCGCGCUCUCUUGGGCCCAAGUGAAUAGUCCUCGCUGGAGCGGGACACGGCUGUGGAUGCAAUUCCCCUCGCCUCCAGCCGCCAGGAGCUCCCCGGCGGCGCAGGCAGCAUACUCCUCCGAAGCAGCUGCUCCUGCACCUGGACAGCCUGGACCCUCGUGCCCUGCUCACGGGGCCUCGCGCGGGAGGCGCCCCGGGACUUCCCCUGCGGGCCGGGUGGAGGAGGAAGAGGAGGAGGAAGAAGAAGAGAGCUUGGACCAGGAUCCCCACCCUCCUAGGAACACCUGGCUGCAAUACUGCCACUUCUUUUUAAGGGGCAAAAGGAGAGAUCCAGCAAGAGCCAUGGGGGGCUGCGAAGUCCGGGAAUUUCUUUUGCAAUUUGGUUUCUUCUUGCCCCUGCUGACAGCUUGGACAGGCGACUGCAGUCAUGUCUCCAACCAAGUUGUGUUGCUUGAUACAACUACUGUGAUGGGAGAGCUAGGAUGGAAAACAUAUCCAUUAAAUGGGUGGGAUGCCAUUACUGAAAUGGAUGAGCACAACAGGCCCAUACAUACAUACCAGGUUUGCAAUGUCAUGGAGCCAAACCAGAACAAUUGGCUUCGUACUAAUUGGAUCUCUCGUGAUGCUGCACAGAAAAUUUAUGUGGAAAUGAAGUUCACACUAAGGGAUUGUAACAGCAUCCCAUGGGUUUUGGGAACUUGUAAAGAAACAUUUAAUCUGUAUUAUAUAGAAUCGGAUGAAUCCCACGGGACUAAAUUCAAGCCAAGCCAAUAUAUAAAGAUCGACACAAUUGCUGCUGAUGAAAGUUUUACUCAGAUGGAUUUGGGUGAUCGCAUCCUCAAACUCAACACUGAAAUUCGUGAGGUGGGGCCUAUAGAAAGGAAAGGAUUUUAUCUGGCCUUUCAAGACAUUGGAGCAUGCAUUGCCCUGGUCUCAGUCCGUGUUUUCUACAAAAAGUGCCCCUUCACUGUGCGGAACUUGGCUAUGUUUCCUGAUACCAUCCCAAGGGUGGAUUCUUCCUCUUUGGUGGAAGUGCGCGGUUCAUGUGUGAAGAGUGCUGAAGAGCGGGAUACUCCUAAACUCUACUGUGGGGCUGAUGGAGAUUGGCUCGUUCCUCUUGGGAGGUGUAUCUGCAGUACAGGCUAUGAAGAAAUUGAGGGUUCCUGCCAUGCUUGCAGACCAGGAUUCUAUAAAGCAUUUGCUGGGAACACAAAAUGUUCCAAAUGCCCUCCACACAGCUCAACCUACGUGGAAGCAACAUCUAUCUGUCAAUGUGAAAAGGGUUACUUCAGAGCAGAAAAAGACCCACCUUCUAUGGCAUGUACUAGGCCACCUUCAGCUCCUAGAAAUGUAGCCUUUAACAUCAAUGAAACAGCCCUUAUUUUGGAAUGGAGCCCACCUAGUGACACAGGAGGGAGAAAGGAUCUCACGUACAGUGUAAUCUGUAAGAAGUGUGGCUUAGACACCAGCCAAUGUGAGGACUGUGGUGGAGGACUCCGCUUCAUCCCAAGACACACUGGACUGACCAACAAUUCUGUGAUAGUACUUGACUUCGUGUCUCAUGUCAAUUACACCUUUGAAAUAGAAGCCAUGAAUGGAGUUUCUGAGCUGAGCAUUUCUCCCAAGCCAUUCACAGCUAUUACUGUGACCACAGAUCAAGAUGCACCUUCUCUGAUAGGGAUGGUGAGGAAGGACUGGGCAUCCCAGAACAGCCUUGCCCUAUCAUGGCAAGCCCCUGCUUUCUCCAAUGGCGCUGUCCUGGACUAUGAGAUCAAGUACUACGAGAAAGAGCAUGAACAGCUCACCUAUUCUUCCACGAGGUCCAAGGCCCCCAGUGUCAUCAUCACAGGUCUCAAGCCAUCCACCAAGUACAUAUUUCAUAUCCGAGUGAGGACUGCGACAGGAUACAGUGGCUACAGUCAGAAGUUUGAAUUUGAAACAGGAGAUGAAACUUCUGACAUGGCAGCAGAACAAGGGCAGAUCCUGGUAAUAGCCACAGCAGCUGUCGGGGGAUUCACUCUCCUAGUCAUCCUCACUCUGUUCUUCCUCAUCACUGGAAGGUGUCAGUGGUACAUAAAGGCCAAGAUGAAAUCAGAGGAAAAGAGAAGAGCGCACUUACAGAAUGGCCACUUGCGCUUCCCAGGAGUUAAAACAUACAUUGAUCCAGACACCUAUGAAGACCCAUCUCUAGCAGUCCAUGAAUUUGCAAAAGAGAUUGAUCCUUCAAGAAUUCGCAUUGAGAGAGUUAUUGGAGCAGGUGAAUUUGGAGAAGUCUGCAGUGGGCGUUUGAAGACACCAGGGAAAAGAGAGAUCCCAGUUGCCAUUAAAACAUUGAAGGGUGGUCACGUGGAUAGACAAAGAAGAGAUUUCCUGAGAGAAGCGAGCAUCAUGGGUCAGUUUGACCAUCCCAACAUCAUUCGCCUAGAAGGUGUCGUCACCAAAAGAUCCUUCCCGGCGAUUGGGGUGGAAGCUUUCUGCCCCAGCUUCCUGAGAGCUGGGUUUUUAAACAGCAUCCAGGCCCCACAUCCAGUGACAGCGGGAGGAUCUCUGCCCCCCAGGAUUCCUACUGGCCGGCCGGUAAUGAUCGUGGUAGAGUAUAUGGAGAAUGGAUCCCUUGACUCAUUUUUGCGGAAGCAUGAUGGCCACUUCACUGUCAUCCAACUAGUCGGCAUGCUGCGGGGCAUCGCGUCAGGCAUGAAGUAUCUUUCUGAUAUGGGAUACGUUCAUCGAGACCUAGCGGCCAGGAACAUACUGGUGAACAGCAACCUAGUGUGCAAAGUCUCUGAUUUCGGGCUCUCCCGGGUACUGGAAGACGAUCCAGAAGCAGCGUACACAACAACUGGUGGGAAAAUCCCCAUACGGUGGACAGCCCCAGAAGCUAUCGCCUACAGAAAAUUCUCUUCAGCAAGUGACGCAUGGAGCUAUGGCAUUGUCAUGUGGGAGGUGAUGUCCUAUGGAGAGAGACCAUACUGGGAAAUGUCCAACCAGGAUGUUAUUUUGUCCAUUGAAGAAGGUUACAGACUUCCGGCUCCGAUGGGCUGCCCACCGUCUCUGCACCAGCUGAUGCUCCAUUGCUGGCAGAAAGAAAGAAACCACAGGCCAAAAUUUACAGACAUCGUCAGCUUCCUUGACAAACUGAUCCGCAAUCCCAGUGCCCUUCACACCUUAGUGGAGGACAUCCUUGUAAUGCCAGAAUCCCCUGGUGAUGUUCCAGAAUAUCCAUUGUUCGUCACAGUUGGUGACUGGUUGGAUUCUAUAAAGAUGGGGCAGUACAAGAGUAACUUCAUGGCAGCAGGAUUUACAACAUUUGAUCUGAUUUCAAGAAUGAGCAUCGAUGACAUUAGACGAAUUGGAGUCAUCCUCAUUGGACACCAGAGACGAAUAGUCAGCAGCAUACAGACUUUACGUUUACAUAUGAUGCACAUACAGGAGAAGGGAUUUCAUGUAUGAAAAUACUAUAAACACCUGUAUUUUGUGCCUCAGCAUUUCUACAAAGAAAGACAUACCCUCUACGACUCAUUCUUCUGAUUCUCCAGACAUCCCUUCACAACCCACAGUCUCCUGUUCAGACUAUGGCUGCACAUCUUACGUUUACGCUUCCACCCUGGAUUUCGAUAUCCUGCUACACAGGUCCUCUCUGAAUAGCCUGCAAAUGAAACUCUGGCCCACUGCAGAUUAUCACUACAUAAUGAUAAAUAACUCAGCAUGAAUGUGUAACUUUGUAUAGAAAUGUUUGGGAAGUGUUCAUGGACUUAACCUAAAGGAAUUUUUCCAGGUGUGGCAUCUUCAAAGAUGUGUGUAGAGUUUGAUGGUAGAUAGGAAGAAAUAGUUGACCAUUCUUCGAUGUUUUGUGAUUGAGUAGCUUCCAACUUGACAUGCUUCUUUUUCGAUAGUUUUACUCAAUGCUACGGGUUGUGCUGUUGUUUUAUUUUUAAUAACUUAACUGUUGGUGCCUGAUGUUGUUACAACGAUUUGCAGAAAUGAUCAAUGAUUCCAUGUAGUGCAUUUGUGUUGGGUGUGACUACAGUAUGAAGGGCAUUGUUGGGGAGGGAGAUGAACAAAAAUACUGUGCUUUUAAAUAUUCUAAGGCUGGGUUUGUCUAUAUUUUUAAAUUAACUUUAUAGGGUUCUACACAUUUCAUAGUAGGUGGUUGUUUAGAGGCUUUUCCCCCUCUAAUUUUUUACUAACUAUACUGUAUUACUCUAGUAUGUUACAAGAAUCACCCUUGGAGAGACCAAGAGUGAGUCCACUACUCUGAUAGUUUUCACAGACAGACACAUGGAGUAAACCUAUGGCUGUUCCCUUGGAUUCAUCUUCACAAGUUUGAAAAACAAUUAUCAAAGCAUUGAGAAGGCUAAUUGUUCACAAUGAAACAUUUUUAAAUAAAAAGUCUAACAUAGUAUCCAUAGACUACAUGGGAAAUGAUUUACUAAAUUUAAGAUAGCUUGCAGUGGCCAAAGGUAAUAAACACAUCUAGUUGAUUGAUAACUGGUGUAUUUUCCAACAAUUCCAAUAUUUUGUUCACAAAAAAAGUUACAGGAACACUCUGAGCUGUUUUCCAAAUCUUCUCAGAAAUUAGUAUGGCUACCAUAGGCAUGAUAUAAAUAGAUCUCACAUUUAAGCAUAUAUAUAUAUAUAUGCAUAUAUAAUGUAAUCCUUGGUCCAUCAUAAUAUAUGAAAAUAAGAACACAUAUGAGCCAUGUUAUCAUAAUCUUCUCUGGGGCUCCCAGAAAAAAACAAGCAAAUAUAUUUUUCCAGUGAAUUUGUCAGCUUAUCAAAAUAGUGCUCCUUUUUAAACAAACAGUAAAAUCAUGUGCUCCCCAUGAAACUACAAAAAUUACCGUCAUGAUGAGUGAAGAAUAAGCUGGUUAUUGAGGGGGGAAAUGCAGAUUCUGUGUAUAAAGAUGCGGAUUUAGUGUAAUAUUUUUAAAUUGAUGUCAGAGACAAAAGUACCCUCUCCACAUCCCCAAAUUCCUACCUAAACUGUACUGAGAGAGUAUAAAACUUUGCCUAUUUAGGGAUCUUCACUUUUCCUUUUACUCUUGUUUGUAAGAUCCUGCUACAUGAUUUCUUUAGCUGAUUUAUCUUCCUGAAUUUUUCCUCCUUUUGCAGCGUAAUUUUUCUCAUUUCAAAGAAAGCAUGUAUAGAGAUAAAAGAUGUCUUUAGAACAUUCCUUAACUCUACAGAAGGAAAGAGUGGAAUUCCAGGCCUUUUUAAGUAAGUGUGUCAGAAACAGCUAGUAACAUUUCCUAGCCACCUACAUGCAUGACCGUGCAUCACUCAUAAACUCUCUGCAGUUUGCUUGAUACAUUUACACAAAUCUGGAUAUAUAUUUAGGGGAAAUACAAAAUUUCCAUAUUUAUCUGUGAUUAUCUAUUAAGUGAGAACAGAUGUAAACAGAUGAUUAAAUUUAUUAAUCAUAUAUAUUUAUUUUUAUAAUACAACAAAAAGGGUAUUUAGAAAAAUAAUAAAUAGAAUAAUACUGUCCAUCGUAGGACUCUGUCUGCAGCAUCUGUAUGCCUUGAUGAAAUAAAUUCUAUAGUAGUCAUUGAAAUUCUGUGGGAUUUCCAUUUGGUGAUGGCAAGAUUUAAAAAUCUGUUAAUAUUCUUCUCUUUUAAAAUUCUUAUGAUGCAAUUCUAGUUAAUUUCCAUUUCUAUCAUAUGUCUUUCCUGAUUUAUUAAAACAUCAUCUUUCUAUUCUCUACCCCCAUAUCUUGCAAGUUUUGUAAAAUUAAGUUUAUAACUUACCAAGCUAUGAUCAUGAUACUGUCCUGUGUGAUUGUGAACUUCAUGGUAGGCAGAAAAAAGCAGAAAUGUGUGCAAACUUAAACGGAAAUAUUAAAAUACAAGAAUAGCUAUUUAUUUGCUGCCUAAUGGUCACAUACCCUAUAAUCCAAGAAGAAUUAAGAUCUGGGAAUAUAAAUGGUUAAAAUGCCCAAAUGCAUUUGGCAAUAUAUUAUGAAACAUUCUGAGAUUUACUGAUACCUAUGUUCAAUAACUAAAUUAAUUUGAUACAUACAAUUAUAAAAAAUUACCCCAAAAUAAGCUAAUGGCUUUCAUAAUUAUAGUUAGGAGUAAUCUCUUAUAACUAAGAUAUACAUUAUGCACUUGCUUUUAAGAAAAUGUAAUUGAUUCAAAUGAGUGAGUUCUUAGAAUUUUGAAAAUCAGAACAUGUAAAUUUUUUAUUUUCUCAAAGUCAACUUCUUGUCUAUAGCCAAAAAAGGUGUAUAAAAAAGUACAAUUAAAAACAAAGAUGGUGUAUUUCAAUCAACCACUUUAAAAGUAUCUGAAAUGAUGACAGUGUAACAGAAGGAAGAAUUAUAGAAAGCUUGCAAAGUUGCCCAAUAAUGGCUGAUAAAUGUGUUGUGCAUGCUCUAAUAAGACAUUUAUCACUGUUUAUCACUCCUUAAAAUCUUCCCAGCUACAAACUAAAUAAGAGAGCCGUCCAGCCGGGCAUUGGUGGCGCAUGCCUUUAAUUCCAGCACUCAGGAGGCAGAGGCAGGCGGAUCUCUGUGAGUUCGAGGCCAGCCUAGUCUACAGCGCCAGUUCCAGGAUAGCCUCCAAAACAAUACAGAGAAACCCUGUAUCGAAAAACAGAGAGAGAGAGAGAGAGAGAGAGAGAGAGAGAGAGAGAGAGCCUUCCAACCAUGACUAUAAAGCCUCUCACAGCCCAUAAUAGAAAAAUUUAAUCUGUGAAAAGUAAAGUUUUUUGUAAAGUCCUCUAUGACAGUGAUAGGGAAGAGGAAAUUGCACAUCAUUCAACCUAUGUUCUAAACGUCUGUUUGAUAUCUUUCUCUAUUAAAUUUACACGCUGGGAGAAAGUCUGUUAAACUCUCAUCUCAAGGUUUUUACUAGCAUUGUUUUUUAUUCCUUUAUUAAAUUUUUCAGGCCUCUGUUUUUUGUUUAAAUCCCCCAUCCAAUCUCUUGGUUUAUUUCUAUCACAGGUUCUAUCAAUAUAUUCAUUAUAUCAGUAUAGCGAAGCACAGCAAGUCUAAAAAGCUUUGUAAAUUUUUGUGGAAGGGGCUGAAUGGCAGGGUAGGUUGAGAAAGAUUAUACUUUUAAUAUGUCUUAGCAUACAAAUGGGAGUCCUUCAAGUUAGAAGGUGUGGAUCUGACUUUGCUUAAUAGAAAAUUAAACACAAAGGAAAGAAAUUCAAAAUGGACGGUUGUUUCUGCAUCUUCAGCUUAUCAAGUCUAGUAUUACAUAAAAAGAAAUUAGUAUUUUAAUAAUCUAAUGCUACCUUAUAGAGGAUCUGAUCUGUGUCUUUAUAUGUAAAAGAGUUUUACAGAAGAUGCAUCAGUUCUUAUAUUCUGGUCCCCUUAACUUUCACAACUUGAAUUUCAUGAAGUCAAGAAACUCAUGUUCAUAACUAAUUAAUUAAAACGUAUUUGACACUUUGUUAAACAGUAGAGGAGUAAAGUGGGUACAAUUGGGCAUGUUCUUUUGACCUUCACGUGACCAAGUCACAUAACUUUUUCUUUUAUAAUCAACAUUUCCAAAGUCCUUUCUCAUUUUUUUAUAAUGUUCAGGAAAGUAUAAAUUUUAUUUACUGUAGUUGAAGAAAACAACAUGUCUCCCAUACAUAUAAUUAUUUUUCACAAAAAUGAAUUUAAGUACAGUUAUUGGUUGCUAUUAAUCCCCAAGUUUAAAUUUUAGAGAUUGGAGCCUCCUUACAUUAUGCUAUGCUAACUAUCAUGAGGGUUAGAUCUUGCUAUAGAAUAAGACUAAACAAACAGGAGCUAGUCAAAUGUGAAGUGCAUUUUCAAUUCCUGUCAGAAAGAUAUUUUUUGAACCUUGGAAUCUCUUAAAAUUCUUCCCAAACAUCCAUUACUCUGUUUUGUAGAGGGAUUCAUGCUUGUGGGUUCUGUAAGAUAGUCUCAUCAAAGUCAGUCCAUAUAUGAACUCAUUCUUCAGAUAGCCUGUAAAACAUCGGUUUUUUUUUUUCAAAUCAAACCUGAAACUAAUCUCUUACCUGAGCUAAUUUUUCUAGCAGAUGUGAUAGUAUGAACUUCAAAGCUUUCAUAAAAUCCUUUCCAGCAGGAUCCAUUAACCGGGGAAAUAAGUGAUUGACCAUGACUAGACUAAACAGAGCCAAAUGGAAGAAAAAUCUUACAUUGCAUAAAAACAAAUAUCCCACCUUCAUCUUACUGUUCCCUUUAAAGAUAAGGCUUAGAUGUUUUAAAGAUUUAUGGGAAAAACAGGAGGGUUUGUUAUACAGAGAUAUGACAUGAAACAUAUGACUCCUGGGAAUAAAGUUGAAAAGGUCUAAAGUCACAGAUAAUCCACAUGUAAUUUAACUAACCUCUUUUACUGACUAGUAGUUAGAUUCAAAUUAUCAUUAGGUUAAAUUAUUGUGAGCAUCUUUAUAACUUGGCUUGAGCUCUUGUUUCUUGGAUCAAGUGUUUUCUGUUUGAUUGGCAGAUUUCCCUUUUGAAAUCAUAGAAUAUAUCUAAAAGUUUAGCUUUUCAAGUUACUGCAUUUUAAAAUGAAGCACGUAAGUUAAGAGAACUUCGAUGCUAAAGGAAGAUAAAGGACUUGUAAAUGAACUUCAAUUUUCCACAAGAAUCUGACAACUACAAUACUUGUGCACCUCAGUGUUGUCAAGUCACUUCUUUAUUAUAUUUAAAACUUUUCUAAUGAAAUCAUUUUUAUAAACAAAACAAUUUCCUUUAUUAAAGUGUUAUACCCAUUAGUCACAUUUCCAUCUUUUCUUCAAAAUCCAGAAUCUUUGAUUUGUUUCAUAUUAAGAUAAAUUUUCUUAAUCCUCCGACCCUUAAGUACAGCCAUUUUUUUGACGAAUACAAAGCCACUGAAAAAAUAUUACCUGUCCAAACAUGAUAAAGGAUAAUGCUUAAAUAUAAUACAGAGUUUUGCAUACUAGGGAAGUGUUGUACCAUUGAUCCACAUUCAUCCUCAGGGCAAAUUGUUUCUAGUUUUGUAUGAGCAAAUAAGGUACAGGUUAACCAAACAUUUAUCCCACAAGUUGCAAAUUCAAUCAAUAUGAAUCUUCUCAAGUAACAUAUCUGUCCUUACCCAUGCAUCUGUAUCAUAUUCAUCUUCUAGUGAUCUGUGUCACAAUAGCAUUUUAAGUUGGUGUGUUAUCAAAUCAAAUAGUGAAUAUGAAUGCUAGCUACUCUAGGAUCCCUAAGCAAUUGACACCAGGAUCUCCAUGUCAAUAGUCCUCAUUGAAAGGAAGAUCCAAUGUUGUCUUCCCGUGGUACAUGAUUAUAAAGAAAACUCUGGGAUCAUAAGAAUCAUUGUUUUCCAUAUAUCCUGUUCAGAUUUUAUAUUCAGUCAGUCAUAAUUGUUUUCAUGAGCUAAACAUGAGCUUAAGUAUGAAGCAAUAUUGACAUGAGCUGUUAUUGUUUGUGUUUUUGUGCUGUUACUCAAGAACAAGGCCUUGUCAUGGAAGGCAAGCACUCUACCAUUGAGUUACUCCCCUGGAUGCUGGCAGCAUUUCAGUACAAGUCUGUUCAUGUCUGUAGUUCCUAUGUAAGACACUCUUCUUGUUCUCUGUUCUAGAAAGAGACAAUAUCGUUUUUAAGUGUUUGAAACCAUGAUAUGUCGGAUGAAAAAAAGCCAGUUCCUAAAGACAAAUCACAAAGUUCCAAGGUUUUAUCUGCAAUGGUCUGCUGCUUUUGGGAUGGCAUAAAUCUUUUCAACAUUGAGUUAUUUGUAGAAUUGGCUGUUUGUGUUUUAGAAAGAACUUUCUUUAACAUAUUUUUCAUUUAAAUAUAUCUUCAUUCAAUCUGAAAGGCUGGAACACUAUUAAUUCUAUUGCCUCAGUUUGACAGGGGUAGUAACGUUCUUUCCUAGUAAUCCUGAACUGUAGAUGUUACUAUCAAAUCCAUGAUGAAUUGUUAACUGGGAGUGCUUUAUUUGUUGUCGUAUAUUUGUUUUCCUUUACUAAAUCUACUUAAAAUAAGGUCUUUUGAAACUCUAAGAAAAUAAAAACCAGUAGCCACUCACAUGCUAAGGAAUUUGUAAAUGAAUGAGCUAUUUUCCCAUCAAAGUGGUUGACGUGAUCAUUGUUAAAUCCAACUUGUUCCCAUAUUCACUAUUAUCUAGAAAUACCGUUGCCAUAUACACUCAAAGUAUUGUUGAGGCAAUACUGAAUAUUACAGACAAUAAGUGAAUAAUGAGGCUUUUAAAUUUUUCUGCACUACAUAGAGAGCAAAGUUUAAUGUAUAAAUUAAUGUUUUUCAUUUGAGUUUUUAAUUUAAUGUGUUCUCUCUUCCUGAGAUAUAUAUAGUUCUUGAAGGAAAAUUAUAUUAAUACAUUGAUACUAUGCAAAAUGCUCAUUUUUCUUUUUUAUAAAAACAUGGAGCUUCUGUUCAACUUUGUUUUUAAUUAGUCCUUUGAGAGUGGAAAAAAUAUAAGUAAAACUUGAAAUUGGAGCAUUUUAGGGGAGAGGGGCACAAUAUUAGAGCAAUAGUCAUAGAAAUGAUGUAAAGAACACUUGAUUUUAAAGGUCACUGAAUGUUUUCAUGUCUGAUAUCAUAUUAUUCAUUUCACUAACAUGACUCCCCAUCAAACUGUGACAUUGAAAACCUGUAUGUGGAAUAUAAAUGCAUUUGGGAGAAUUUUUCCAGUCGCGUAGUUUUCACUUUAUGUGCAAGGAAAGUAUCAACAGCUUAAAUUUUGUUUUGAAGUGGAAAUUUUUAACUAGCAAUGCUUGCUAAAAUGUUAGCUAUACUUGUAAUAGCAGCAUACAUGGAAGAUCACAACCAUUAAGUCUAACUUUAAUACAGAAUAUUACAGACCAAAAGGUAGUAAAAUUAAUGGCUUAUGUUAAAGUGGUUACUUGAUUUAAGAAGAAAACUAUCAGAAAAGAAGCGGUUAACAUUAUGUCAUGUUGUUCUCACUGGCAAUUUUGAAACAAAUGCAUUGUGAGGAUGUGAAUAUAUAAUGUAAAUAAUUCUACUCAUUUUUGUGAAAAUAUAUAUUGACAUUAAACUAGAAAAAAUCUUAUGGAAACACCCAAAUUAAACAACUAUUUUUUAAAAACACACUAGAAGGUGUGGUUGUAUCUGAAUGUUCUUUUAGUAACGCUUUUGAUUCCUAAGAAACGUAAGCAAAAUAUUUUUAAAAUAAUAAUUCAUUAAGUGUGACUUUCAAAAUAUUUUACAUGUGUAAAUGAAUUAUCCAAUUCAUGGAUUUUUACAUCUGUCAUUAAAUUUAAAACUACCUAAAAGACACUGAAGAACUGAGAUGAAAGAGUUUACUAUGAACAUACUUUCAAGCAGUUAUGUCUAUUUUACAAAAUAUUAAAUGUUUUUAAAAUUCAUUAUCUUCAUAUAAAUUUUAUGUGACACUUUUUUUUUUUGCAUCACGCUCGAACUUUAAAAGCUUAUAUUCUUCAUUUCCCCAGUUGCUUUCAGAGCCACUCCUUGGAGUUUGGAUUUUAAAUGAGUCCUUUGUUUUAUUUGUUCAUUUUUAAAAUAGAGUGUCACUUAGUAGCCCAGGCUGGCUUCAGGAUCCUCCACCCACUGUCCCUAGGUGCUUAAAGUACAGAAUUGUGCACUUGGAGUAUAGUUGCAUGUUUUAUAUUUUCAUUCAAUUCCAUAAUGUUAGUAACUUUCCAAUUCUCAAAAAGUUGAUACCAAAUGUCAUUACAGUAGCUAGAAUUUCUUUUUCCUUUGUCAAAUUGUUCUUCUUUUAUCUCACACUAGCCAGAUAUCCUAUAAGGUAGUUAGAAAAAACAAAUUGUUUUACUUUCUCCAUAAGAAAAAAUAAAAAGGAAGUCCACAAUUUACUUAGUGAAUUUAGGAUAGCAAUGUUUAAUUUUUCAGUCAUUUUUACUUAUGUUUAUUUGAUGUUUAAAGUUUCAGUGAAUAAGAUGUUAAAGCAAAAGUAAAAACUAUUCCAUUUCAUAUAAUCUCUUUUUUUUCUUCCAAGUUGUAAAACCUUCUGAACAAUCAAGACAUUCCAUUUUCCUAGUUCACAAGCUUAACCACUCUAUAAUUUAAUGUAAAUGAUCAUAACAUAAUUUGUCUAAACAUUUAUCUUAUUUAUACUAUGUAAUGUUUAAGACAACAACAAAAUAAAGGAAAUUAUGUCAGCCUACUGGUCAGAAACUGUAAAAGUCCUCAACUUUAAAGUAAGUACACAUGCUUACAUACAGUUUCAUUUUAAAUAUGUUUUUUUUAUCCAACAACACAAUAAGGGUUAAUGAUGGCCAAGACAAGCUGCAGAUGUUUCACCUCUGUGAAGGCAUGGGCUUUUGGCCACUCCUGGUACCAGCUUACCAGGGAGGUCAAUGCAAUAUGUAACAUAUUUAUUUACCAGAGAAAGAACUUACACACAAGCUGAAAGGUGGCAGGCUUCCAAUAGAGGGCUUACUUUAUCUUUCGCUUUCUUUUAUUCAAACCUGUGCCAGUACCUUUUGGGGUGUGGACUAUAUUGUGAGCUCACCCCUACAAUGUCCAAUAUUGUGAAAUUGACAUUUUAGUAGUAAAGACACACAGUAAUAGCCAUGCAUUAUACUGAUAAUCAUGUUAUAUACACAUCACGGUUGCAAGUGACUUCACACUAGUGGUAAAAUAAAUUAGUACAGAUAUGAUACUAAACUGCAAUCUGGAAAAUUGAAAGUAACAUCCAUGAGAGGAGCAAGAACAAAGUUACAAGCCGGGCAUUGGUGACACAUGCCUUUAAUUCCAGCACUUGGGAGACAGAGGCAGGUGGAUCUCUGUGAGUUCGAGGCCAGCCUGGUCUACAGAGUGAAUUCCAGGAUAGCCUCCAAAACAAUACAGAGAAACCCUGUCUCGAAAAAAACAAAAAACAAAGUUACAAAUAGAAAGAGCAGCUAAAGGUCGAGAAUUUGGAGUGUGUGAGAACACAGAGAGCCAUACAUAGUAGUGAUGGAAAAAUAUAGAAUCAAAGAGCAUGAACAAGACUGCAGUGGUUUAAUAAAAAGUAGUAGCUCUUGUUAAAUAGACAAGCUGAAGACAGAGACAAGUGGAUGAGUUUUGGAUGAUUUAAAAUCAGGUUAUUCAUCAAUAAUUGGGGUUGGGAUUGGGAAUGAGGGAUGAAGAAGACAGAAAAGCCAAAACUAAAUUUGCAUUUAGGGAACCAGAAAUUGCUUUAGUUGUAGUGAUAUAGGAGCUUUGGAGGGGGAAAUCAAAUUUGUUUUUGGCUACAUGAUUUCAGAAAUAAACAGUAGAUAUUCAAGUGGCACUAUUAUGUAGGCAGCUGACAUCUGGGGAGAUAACUCAGCUAUAGACUGCUUUACUUGAAAGCUUGAUGACAUGAGUUAAAGCCCAAGAAUCCCCGUUUUAAAAAACCUAACAGCAUGGCACUCUUGUAAUCCCACAGUUGCCUGAGGCUCGCUGGUCAGCCAGUUUAGCUGUAGGUUCCAGGUCCACGAAAGGCCUGUCUCAACAUAAUGGUGUACAGCAAACAAGGAAGGACAUCUGUUUUGUCAUCUGACCUCUACAUGCACAGGCACACACACGUGUGUGCACAUACACACACAUGCGUGUGUACAGGCACACACGAGUGUGCACAUACAAACAAAAUCUUAAACCAUUGUAUAUGAGAGUUCAAAAGAGUUGUUAAGUUGUUGAAAUUUAUUAGUCUACAUAUCUAUAUUUACACUUUACAACCAGGAAUCAGGAAUAAAUGUAUGCCUAGGAUUGAGUUUUUUUUUUAAUCCAGUAUUUUUAGGGGUUAGGCAGAGAACAAGACAUGAAUAAAGUAAACCGAGAAGCAAAAGGUAAGGUACAGAAUAGAGAAAUGCAGUUGAAUGGGUGCUUUUAAGUCAAGAUCAGGACUAGAGAGACGGCUUAACAGAGUAUGCUGCUCCUGCAGAGGACCUAAGUUUGGUUUUAGCACAACAUGCAGGAGCCUACAACAGUUACCUCUCGUUGUAGCUCCAGAGGAUCUGAUGCCCUCUUCUGGCCUCUGGAGGCAUUCCUACACAUGUGUACAUACUCAGAGAUACAUCCAUACAAAGUUAAAAAUAACAAAAAUAAAUCUAAAAGAAAAGAAAAACAGUCAAGAUCACAACGAAGUAAUGGUCAUUGGAUAUGGCAACUUUGUCCAGAAUGUUCUCUUUGAAGUUCUUACUGAGGACAGUCUCUUUGAAACAGUGAAGUCAAAACCUGCCUGGAACAGACUGAGAAGAGAAAUACAAAAUGGAAUCAGAAUCUGUAAACAAGCCUUCAAAAGUAUUUGUUGUGAAAGAAAUCAAGAGAAACAGGAGUGUAGCAAAGGAGCUCUGGGGUCAAGAGAGUUCUGGGUUUUGUUUUUUGGUUUUGUUUAGAUGAAGGAUGUUAAAGCAUAUUUACAUACUAAUAAGAGUGAUCUGGCAGACUGGAAACUGAUUAUGCAGGAGAGAAGAUAAUUACAGAAAAAGGCUGCAGAGGUAGACAGUUUGUUGGUAUUCAAGCAAAGUAUAAAGGUUACUUUUAAAAGGACCAGGUACACAGAACCCCGCUGCAAGGGAAGGGAUUAUGCACUAUGCAGUUAGACUGGUAGAUCUGCAGUAGAAACACAAAGAUGUUGCUUUGUGAGUAGUUUGAUUUGAGCAAGAAAAGUCAAUGUCAGGGUUGGGAAGGAAGUGUAGGUUGAAAAAGAGAUAUGCAGUUGUUUAAGUAGAAGUGAGUAUAUAUAAUUUUCAAACACGGAUGUGAUUGAGCUUUAGGUAUAAUAAAUAGUGAGGAAACUUAUAAAAUAUCUCAAAGGCCUCUUCCUCAAAUAUUUUAAGAUAUCUUAUUAGAAGAUCUAACACUUUGUUUUUCAAGGAUUCUAAUAAGUGUUUUCUAUCCAAAUCAUGAAAGUUGAGGCCUUCUUAAGGGUAUGAGUAUUUCUUGUUUUCUUACUUUUGCUUACAUGGUACAGAGUACAUGGCAGAAAAGUUUGGCAUAUAUCCUACUUGAAAAGCUAUGAAAAUUAAAAUUAGUUUAGUUUUGAAAGAGGCAUAGCAUUUAUUUAGGUUGUCAAUAUUUUCAAAAUCCUAUUUUGGAGGGGUUUAAUCUCCCAUCUAAACUUUAAAAAGAAAACAACAAGUGUGCAUCUAUUAACCUUGUAAGACAAAUUACUUUUGUUUCCAGGUAGAAAACAUUAAAAUAUUUUGCCAUUUAGAAGUACAAGGGCAAUAUAAAUUGUUUUGCUCAUUGUUCCACCAAACUUAAUAUGUUUUUUUUCUUGUAAAAAAUAGUGUUUGGUACUUCAUUGCUGGAUAAGCUGUAUCUGAUGGGUGGGAAUUUGAAGAUGCAUAUUUCUUCAUUGGGCUUUAUGUGAAAUUAGAUUGUGGAUAAUAGGAUAAGAUUGUUCUCCUGAUUUUUGCUAUUCUAGCAUAACCAAAAUAUAAAUAUGUAAAUAUACAGUAAAUGUUUAACUGCUUAAACACUUUAGAUAUUUAAAUGGCCACCUCAAAUUUUAAAUGGUAGACAUUUCAAUGAACUCAAAAUAUUAAGUAUGAAAGUCUUUGUGACACAAAUCCUAAAAAAAAUACUAAAUUAUGUACUUCUUUUGUUUGUUUGGAUUUUUGUUUUUAGAGACAGGGUUUCUUUGUGUGACGCUCCUGGCUGUCAUAGAACUCAUUUUGUAUACCAGAUAGGUCUCAGACUCCCAGAGAUCCACCUGCCUCUGCCUCCCAAGUACUGGUAUUGAGGGCAUGUGUCCCCACAUCCCAGCUAAAUAGUGUAUUUCUAUAAAAUGCCUAGAUAACAUCCGUCUAGAAUGACUUAUUUAAUCCGUCACAGAGAUUAUAUUUGACUAAUAAAAAAACUGCAGCCAAAAUAUUUUCCUUCCAUAUGUUAAAGACUUGUGAGGUCUUUGUAAACUGACUUGAAGCUAUUUAUUAUCAAAUGUUAGCAUUAUAGCCAUCUAUUCUUGCAAGAGAGUAUAGGUCUAUUUGUGAAAAUAAGGAAGGAUAGUACCACAUUAUGUUUUCUCAGGUUGGAAUCAUAUCACUAUUUAGAGCAUGUAUGUUUCCUCCCACGUUGCUUAUAUUGUCUAUGUUUCCUUUUUUGUUGUAAUUACACUAUAGUAGAGACACAAACGCAGUGAAAUCACAUGACUCAAACUGCAAUCCCACCUACUACCUAUCUACUUGAUCACAGUACUGAAGUAGUUCAGAUUGAUUGGAAAGUGGUACUAUUUUCAUCUUAUAAAAAUCUACCAUACUAUUUCAUGUACAUUUUCACGUGCUGGCAUGCAUACAAGAUAAUAGUGUUAUAGAAUGGAAUGUCCAGUUCUCAAUAUGAGGGAUUGUUUAUGGUAAAUUGCAUUAUGUAUGUCAUCUAUUUGCUGAAAGAAUAUGGAGUUUGGCAAAACAACCUGCUGAGCAACAUAGAAAGAUUUUUGUACAAAGUACAAAUUGGUAAUUAUUGUAUUUUAUUUUUCUAUGAUUUCCUAAAAGGCAUUAUCAGGGUCUUACAGAUGGAGAAAGCCUGUUUAUUAAAAUAUCUAUUACCAAAUAAAAGUUACAGUUUUGGUGGUUCAA